AUGGAGCCCGCCUCGCCCCCACCCAAGCGCACGCCCGCGCCGCGGACGCCCGUCGGCGCGCGGAACCAGCCCAAGGCCCCGACGCCCGGCCGGAGCCGUCCCGCGCCGGCGUUGUUCGAGGACUACGCCGCCUUCGCGCGCGCCGCGAGGCGAGCGGCGGCGGCCGUCGGCGCGCGCGCCGCGCCGGGCGAGCGCCGCGACGCCGUCGCCGACGUCUGCUGGCGGGCUUGUGCUGAUUCGGUCGCGCGGCGCGUGCCGCCGCCGCGCACGCUGGCCGUGGCAUGGGUGCCCCAAUUGAUACAGGAGCUCGGGGCUUCGACACGAGUCGAGGCGCGAGCGUUACGACGGGCCGUGAGAGCGCGCUGCGUGCGGCCGCCCUUGCAACGAGCGACUACAGAAACGCUGCCGGCGCGGAGCCCCACGCGCACGUCGUCGGCCGACGAAGCGAGGAGGAAGCUGAGGGACGCGGAGCUGCAGGUGCUCCUGCGCGUGACGCUCAGCGCGGACGCGCGCCGCUUGCAGGAUCGGGACUUUAGGGCCGUGCGCGCCAUCGUCGAGCACGCGUCCUUCGCCCUGAACGCGCCGCACGUGCGCUGCGAGCCGCCGCGAAGGGCGCGGCCCGCGGACGACGCCGACUACCACGUCGACUACGCGUCGCUCCCAUCCUUCGUGGCGACGGCGCUCCAGCCACCUUUGUCAACGCUCGCGCCGGAGGUCCUCGACCGCCUCGCCGCCGCCCUGGAACUCGCGAGCCAGGACGAGCCGCCGCCUCCCCCCAGACGCCGGCCGCGCCAGAACGACGACGGCGCCUGGCCCGCGCCCGCGCGGUCCAUGCUGCCGCCCGCCAAGCGGCCGCGCCUCGAGCGCCGCGCGUCGUCGUCGGGCGGCGCGCCGUCGGGCGGCUCCUGGGCCGCCUUCUGCGCGGCGACGGCCGCCGCGCCCGCGCCGGCCGCGCCGGCCGCGCCGUCGACGACGCCCGCGCCGCCCGCCGCCGCGCCGGCGCCGCGCGCGCGCCCGCGCCGCGCGCCGGCGUCGGCGCCGCGGUCGUCGCAGCCGCUCGCGCGCACGCGCACGCGGCCGCCGCCGCCGCCGCCCGCGGCGCCGCCGCCCGUGCGCGCGCCGCUGCGCCGCGCGGGCUCGCUCGACCGCGCGGGGUCGCUGCGGCUGCUCGGCGCGUCGACGCAGCGGCGCGUCCUCGGCUCGCUCGCCGGCGACGCCUCGGCGCGCCGCGCGCCGCCCCGCUCCGCUGCCUCGGCCUCGGUGGCGCGCGCGCCGGCGCCGGCGCGGUCGCCGGCGGCCCGCGGCCCGCAGACGCUCGUCGACGCGGCCUCGCCGUCACCGCCGCGCCAGCGCGGCGGCGCCCGCGCGCGGGCCGCCGCCGCGCGCCGCCGCGGUGGAUCGGCCGCCGCGCGGCGCUCGGGCUCGACGGGCGCGCCCGCGCCCGCGCCCGCGGCGCCGGCGCCGGUCCUCGCGCCGCGCAUCAUCGCGGAAACCCCGCCAUACUUGAACUCGCCGGAGAGCGAGGACGAGGGCGAGGGCCUCGCGGCGCGGCGCCGGGCCGUCGCGCGCGGCAAGGAGCGCGUCCGCGGGCGGCUGGCCUUCUAA